GGCCUGCAGUGACAUCCAUCCCCUUCUCCCUUUUGGUCUUCUAUACCAUGAGCUCUGGCUCCGCCCAGGAUGUGGCGGUGGAGCAUUUCUUGCGUGACAUAGAGAGGCGGGGCAAGCGGCUACAUUGUGCUGUGAUUGGUUGUGAGGAGCAGCGUCCCCGCGGCGACAUGAACCUGCUGUAUCGUAAGAGCCGGCUGGACUGGAGGCACAAGGACCAGGAUGGCAAUAAGAAGAGCUCCAGCCAGAAGGACCCCUCCUCAGCCACGGUGGGCAAGGUCCGUGACUUGGCAUCCUUCCGGCGCCACUUCCGCAUGGGCUUCAUGACCAUGCCUGCCUCCCAGGACCUGUCCCCUCACUCCUGUGCCUCCGCCAUGGCUCCCCGCUCCCAGUCCUGCCACGCCGUGGGCGCUGGAGAUACAGGUCUGGAGAAUGGGGAAGAUUACUCUGACACCCAGUCACAGCACGGCGGGCGCUGCCCCCCUGCUAAACCCAAACGCCAUCCCAGCACCCGUCUCAGCUCCUCCUCGGAUCCCAGAGCACCUCACGCCCCUCCGGACGCCCCUCCGCCACCCCCGCCCACUCACCCGCAGGCCAAACACUCAGAGAAGAAGAACGCCAUGAAGAAGUCUGACUCAGGGGACAUGUCCAAAAAGGUGCCGCCUUUGAAACCCAAACGAAGCCCAAGUACUCAGCUCUCGUUUGAGCCCCCAACUCCCUGUGUGCCCCCUCUUACCACGCCCAUCCAGGGGGGUGAGGGUCAGCCUCAGGGGGACGAUGAGCCCGUCUACAUAGAGAUGGUGGGCCAAGUGUUCACCAGGGAGAGCCAGACUGCCACCCCUCACCCUGUCACGCCCGUAGCCACCACGCCUGAUUCAGACUCAGACCAGAGCGAGGCCAUCUAUGAGGAGAUGAAGUACCCACUGCGAGAGGACAGAGAGGGACACAAACGCCUCCCUCUCAAACACGAGAGACUCAAAUCCUCCAAACACCACCACUCCUCCUCUGGCACGUCCGCCCAUCUACCUCGCCCCUCCUCCUCCCCCUCCUGCUCCAAACCUAAAGCCACAGUGUCCAUCUCCCACUCAUCGCCCCUCCCCUCCUCCACCUCCUCCACCCCUGUCCCCCAGCCCCUCUCCUCCAGUCCGCACCCCCCACGAGCCGCUACGCCCUACCUCCUCCAGGGAAACAAAUCAGAGACAGAGUCCAACAGUAAGAUCCCAGCCCCCUUCCCCAACCUGCUGCAGCACCGACCCCCGCUGCUCGCCUUCCCCCAGCCUGCUGCUGCCUCCAGUGGGGUCGGGGUCCAACACAAGGCUGCUUCUGCCAAACUGGGGACCAUCAGCAUUCAGACCUCCUCCAGUAUGACAGCUCCGUCUAGCACCUCCUCCUCCUCCACCACCCCCUCCUCUAACCUCCCUGUGCCCCUGUCAGGCUCUAAGGAGUCUAAGGACAGAGACAGAGACAGCCAGCUCGGCCCUGCACCAGGGCUAAGGGCCAGGAGCCACUCCACACCCCUGCCCCCUUCCUCUAAGUCCACCUCCCCCUAUUCCCACCACCACCACCACCAUCCCCACCCUCACCACCGCCCCUCACACUACCACCACUACCGCAAGCCAGAAAGAGGAGACUCGCCCAACCCCAACACCAACAACAAGAAUGGCUCGGAGACCUUCUCCAAGUCCAUUGCCCAGACCCAGACCCAGGGCUCGGGCAAGGAGGGAAAGUCUGUGAGCUUCUGCUUGAAGUUAGACAAAGCAGAGAGGGACAGGGACAGAGAGAGGGAUAAGGACAGAGAGAGGGACAGAGACAGAGACAGAGACAGUGACAGAGAGCGACACAGGGAGAGAGACAGAGAAGCAGGGUUCCACUCUACCUCCUCUCAGGCUGAGAGCACCACAAACAACCUUUCAUCCCAGACCAGUGCCAGUUCAGCCACAACCUCGUCCUCCUCCUCUUCCUCCCACUCUCGCCCUCACUCUCGCUCCCAACUCCACCGCUACCACACCCCCCACGGCCUACCCGCCUACAAGCCCCCCUCCUCAGACAGCCCCCUGCUCUGGACCUACCCCUCGGUGGGCUUCCGGAGACCCCCGGCGUACGACAGCCUGCGAGGAGGGUCUCAUCUGCCCUCCUUGCACCACCAGGGUCACGGUGAUGUGGCCUCUAAAAGCAGCACGGUGCCUGGGCCCGUCCAGGGGAAGGCUGGGUUCAUGCCCUGGGACAACAGUGGAUUUGGAGACGACGGGUCUUACUUGCCCAUGCAGAGGAAACUGUCCUUCAGCCAAGGCAGCAGAGAGACAGAGAGAGAGAAGGAUGAAGGGCGGGCGUGGAAUGGCAGUGCCGAUGCCCUCCUGAGGAUAGACAAGGAGGACCUGGGCCCUGGACGUCGAGGAGGAGGAGGCCACUCCGGGAUCCCAGUACGCUUCACUGGAGGGAGGGGGCUGGGCCACAGUGAGUCCCUGGCUGGGAUGGAGGGGGGGUCCUUGGGGUUCCGAGCCCUGCCUAGAGGGGGUCUCCCCCUCCCGUGCCAAACCUUUCCAGCCUGCCGCAAUGGAGAACUGGGUCGAUUGAGCCGCUCAUCAUCCACCUCUGGGGUGAGACAGGUGGGUGGAAGCGACGUUCAGCGGCAGAGCAGCCUGCCCCAUCGAGAGGUACUGAAUCAGUUGCAUGGGCUGUCCCAAUCCUCCCAAACGCCCUGCAGUCCUAUCCUGUCCAGACAGCAGCAGCAGCUCCAGCUCCAUCAGCAGCAGCUGCAGUUACAGCAACAGCUCCAGCUGCUGCAGCAGCAGCACCACCUCCAGCUGCAGUUCCAACACCUGGCCCAGCUGGCCCAGGGACAGCCUCCCACCACCGGGGGCGCUGCCACGUCCGCAGCCCAAACCCAGAGGGAUGGCAAGCUGCUGGAGGUCAUUGAGAGGAAGCGCUGCCUAUGCAAAGAGAUCAAGGCCCACCGCCGCCCAGAAAAGAACCUGUGUAAGCAGGACAGCAUGCCCAUCCUGCCCAGCUGGAGACGGACCCCUGAGCCCCGGAAGACAGGCACGCCCCCCUGUCAGAGGCCCCAGGCCGUGGUGUGGGACACAGCUAUCUGAGUGGGGGGUUGUUGGGGCAGCGGAGGUACAGUAGAAAAACAAGGGAAAGUAAAUAAGUACUAUUGGGUACGAUUGUGGUGAGAAUCAAGAUGUUUACACAUGGAGAGAGAUGGUGACAAUCCCUCUCUGCAAAGGGAAAGAGGAUGGAGGACUAUUUCCUCUCUUAGGAGUGACAGUGUGAUUACCACCGACCUCCACUGAAGGGUGAAAAUGUACAUGAGAGUAAGAUGAGAGUUUUGUGCUCUCACAUAGUAAGAUAAACUUUAUUUGGAGCUGAUACAAGGUCUACAAGGUUAAUGAGAUUUUUUGAGGUGUGUGGGACAGAGAGAUAAUGAACUGAAACAUGCAUUGUUAUUUUGCCAAGAGUGAUCAACUCUACUUUGUAGAGAUAUACAAAGAUUGGGAAGAUUCAGUUGAGGGAUAUACCAAUCCAAUUUGAAACCAAGAAGAGCCAUAUGUACAAUCUUUCAGUACAGUGUGAUUUCUUACACUUUAGUUUUAGUAUUGUACAAGCCCUUCCUUGAUUCUUUAUUAAUUUCAUAAACACCAGUCAACUCAGACUUUGUUGAAUCAAAAAAAGGGGAGAAUUUAACCUAUAAGAGCAAUGCUGGUUUAAAUAAUUAGGCCUAAUUUCCCCUAACUUAACUGCAGCUGACAUUAAUUUUCUCUCCCUCCACUGUCACAACUGGCUGUUGGUAGGGAGAGUUUGAAUGAGACUUCAGGUUGAUCCUCAGCAAGACACAUCUUAUACAAACUUAUGUUCAAGCACAUGGACACAGACACUUUAAACACACACACACACACACACACACACACACACACACACACACACACACACACAGAAUUGUACAGCUAACCUUGUGGGGACACACAAUUUAGGCACAUUCAAAAUCCUAUUUUCCCUAACUCCUAACCCUAAUCUUACCCUAACUCUAACCCCAACCCUAACUCCUAACCAAAACCCUCAAAUUAACCCAGGCUCCUAACCCUUAACAUAAUUCUACCCUAACACUAAUUCUAACCUUAACCCUAAACCCCCUAGACAUAGCAUUUGACCACGUGGGGAAUAACAAAAUGUCCCUAGUUGGUCAAAUUUCUGUUUUUCUACUAUUCUUGUGGGGACUUCUGGUCCCAUUUUAUAUACACACACACACACACACACUUACAGUUGAAGUUGGAAGUUUACAUACACUUAGGUUGGAAUCAUUAAAACUUAUUUUUCAACCAUUCUUUCAACCACCCAACUUAUUGUGGGAAGCUUAUGGAAGGCUACCUGAAAAGUUUCACUCAAAUUAAACAAUUUUAAAGGCAAUGCUACCAAAUAUGAAUUGAGUGUAUGUAAACUUCUGACCCACUGGGAAUGUGAUGAAAGAAAUAAAAGCUGAAAUAAAUCAUUCUCUCUACCAUUAUUCUGACAUUUCACAUUCUUAAAAUAAAGUGGUGAUCCUAACUGACCGAAGGACAGGGAAUUUUUACUAGGAUUACAUGUGAAAAACAGAGUUUAAAUGUAUUUGCUAAGGUGUAUGUAAACUUCCGAAUUUCUACUGUAUACUCUCUAGCCUUUGAUAAAAAUGAGAAAGGAUUCUUAUUAUUAAAGAAACAUUGAAACUUGUUGAAUGCAUAUGAGAUGGUUUGGUUUGCCUUGUGGUCCGGGUAUCAGGAGAUUGUUAUUGUGGAGAUGAAGUGGGGGAAAAUACUACCUAACUGUUUGCAUUUGUGUAAUGUAAAUAUACAGACUUUCUCAGCAUUCCUGCAAUUUUACAGCAAUAUGUUCCCAAUGUGAGCGUAACAUUCAUAUUAAAACAUGUCAGCCGGCCAAAACAUAUCUCGGACAUGAACUCGAAGUCAUAGUUAACAUGUCAUAUCAUGCAUGUCAUUGAACAAACAUAAAGUACUGUAUAAAACCAUAUCAAUGAAUCGACUACAAGUUCUCGUGUGGAGAUGGUCAUGUGAGAUUGUCCGAUUUUCACAUAGAUCUCGAAGAUGCCAUUAUAUCACUACAUACACCAUGAAAAGUCCUGCUGAAAUGUUAUGUUGUGGUUGUGGAAAAAAGAUGAAUGUGUUGCCGGGGAAAUCUUUUGAACAAGUUAAUACAAUGGCACAUGGCACAUACUGUACACUCAAACAUAGUAGGCAUGCUGAGGGUUUAAUAUUUUGUUAUUAGUAACAAAAGUAGUGCACUCGGAAUUUACUAGACUUGUAUUAGUCGGCUGAUAAAGCUGUCUGUAGCGCGGGCUAAGGAAUCUGCACUCAAAUCCUACUGUACACUCAAAUCCUACUGUACACUCAAAUCCUACUGUACACUCAAAUCCUACUGUACACUCAAAUCCUACUGUACACUCAAAUCCUACUGUACACUCAAAUCAUACUGUACACUCAAAUCCUACUGUACACUCAAAUCAUACUGUACACUCAAAUCAUACUGUACACUCAAAUCAUACUGUACACUCAAAUCCUACUGUACACUCAAAUCCUACUGUACACUCAAAUCCUACUGUACACUCAAAUCAUACUGUACACUCAAAUGAAAUACAAACGGAAAAUUGUACAAAAAAACAUCGCCGGUCGAAAAAACCACCACCGGUCAUGCAGACUCACUAACUUAUUGAUGAGUGUCCCAUCCCACAAAACAAUAAUAGCAAAACAGAUAGUAGGAGAUGCUGCAGUUAAUAAGGCAGUGCAACAUCAUCACACGCACACACAUGCUGGAAGAUCCUGCCCAAAAACACAGAAUACCCCUAUAUAAUAUGUAAAUAGAUAUGUACAGCUGUAUUGAAAAUGUAGCAAUUAUUUCCACUUUCAUACUUGUAAUCAAUAAAUAUAAUGUAGCAUAUAAUGUAUAAAUGUAUUUGUUCAUAUAUUUUUUUUAAAACUUUUUUUUAAUUGGGUACUUAAUCUGUUGCAACUGGUCCACACAGACAUUACUGUACGCUUUUACCAAUACAUGACAAGCCCUCAAGACAAAGGCAGUCUCACAAUUGUUGUAUCAUAUUUAUGCAAGAUUCCCUUUAAGCAGUACAUACAGUUGUUGUAUUUAUGCCCUUUUCUACAUACAUUGAAUUUAUGUACAGGUUUGAACAACUCAGUUUGACCAUUUGUUUGGACAUUUUCUGAAAUACUUUGCUGCUAUCUCAAACUACUACUAGCUACUGUUGUUGUUUAUUGAAUUACAAUGGCAUUUGUGACCAUAUCUAACAUUACUACUCUUGUGCUUAUUGUGACAUACUUUUAAUUGAUUUACUGAAAACCAUGUGAGAUGAAGUUUGUACUGUGAAGAGUCAAUCUCUCUGUACUUGUAUUCUGGCACUUGAAUGUGUCCUGGUUGAUGUUGUUGUUUUACUAGUUCGCACCAACCUGUACAGUUCCAGUGCCACCCUGUGAAAAAGUAUCCAAAAUGUUCAAGUGACAUUGCACCAAUGUUACCAAGAUACUGCUUCACUUUUUGCUACUCAAGGUUAUUAUCACCCAUUGGACUAUAAUUUAACUAAACAAACAGAGAUGAGGACCAUGUUGAGGGAGAGGGGAAGUGCAAUGCAUUCCUUACAUUGAAAACGUCAGAGUUUGGAUUCUAUCCCAAACCCAUUGAUAAGUGUGCCCAAUUGUAUUUCAUCUUUUUAAACAUUUAUUACAACAAUUGAUAACUUAGGCAUCAUUUACAAACUAGUUUACAGAAGCUGUCAGCUUUGCGUGUCGCCUAAAACAGUGGCCAUUAUAUGAGUGCCAUACUAUAUUGAUAUGGUAAGAUACGGUGUACCUUGGAAAUCACUGUAGUGCUAUAUUCACAUUGAUAUUGUCAUUAAAUCAGUUUU